CUGAAUUGGGAGAUGACGAUUUUUUGAUUUUAUGGUAACCUAUGUACAAUAGUGUCGCUAAAUGUAGCCGCUAUACAAAGCGUUGCCUUUUCCAUUUUAUACAAUACAGGCUUGCAUAGUUUAACGUUCAUAGCUAUCUGUGUUACAAGUCUGUGACCGUUAUCUCUCAGUUAAACUACAUGUAUGUUGUGUUGCAAGCCAAGUCAUGAGUGCAGAAGAGCCAAACCCAGCCGCCACACCCACUCCCUGUGAAGACACCCAGGGAGAUGGCCGAUGGAUGUCUCUGCACAACCGCUUCGUGUCUGACAGCAAAGACAAAGAACCUGAUGUCCUGUUUGUAGGGGACUCCAUUAUUCAGCUCAUGCACCAGUUUGGGAUAUGGCGGCAACUGUUCUCUCCGCUCCAUGCCCUAAAUUUUGGGGUGGGUGGUGAUGCAACACAACAUGUGCUGUGGAGACUAAGCAACGGUGAACUGGAUAACAUCAGCCCAAAGGUUGUGGUGCUGUGUGUAGGCACUAACAAUCAUGGUCACACUGCCGAACAGAUCUGUGGCGGUAUCAUGGCUAUUGUCCAAGUCAUCAAGAACAAACUCCCACAUGCCCGGACGGUUGUACUAGGUAUACUGCCAAGGGGUAAAAUGCCAAAUCCUCUGCGGGAGCGAAAUGCCAAGGUGAACAAGCUGGUCCAGGAGGCUGUAUCGUCCCUCCCCCACGCAUCUUUCCUCAAUGUGGACCCAGGCUUUGUCCACUCCAAUGGUAGCAUCUCCCAUCAGGACAUGUACGAUUACCUUCACCUGACGCCUCAGGGCUACCAGGCUGUGUGUGAACCCUUGCACACCUAUCUCAAGUCCAUGCUAGAUAAGCCUGCUGAGAACUGAGCAACCAGGGCACAAACUUACACUACCGCAGUGGUCCUCAUGCCUGUUUCCAGAGAGCAUUGCACUGAGCUUAUUAACACCUUGAAUGAUGGAUCAAAGUCAGUUAUUAAGGGCUAAGAGCUGCACACAUUGUUUGUGUUAAGUCCUCCUCAUGGCCAGGGUUGGUGACCACUGUUAAAGAUAACAGGACCAUAAAGUCUUUUGUGUUUAUGAUACAGUCAGAAAUUAAAUGUGCUGUGCUAUAGAGAGACAAAGUCUUGCCUGAAUUCCUGAAAACUAUCUGUUGCACAAGCUUUUGUUCUUUGCCACAUGAUACAUAUAAUGAAUAUAAUCUGGGGGAACACCGCUUGGCAUCCAUGAGGUCAGGACAAUGAAAUCACAUCUGAAGGGAAUACACUGGAAGACACAGUUAUCCAUAAAUAUAUCCACACGUCCAGUGAUUAUGAACAAAGCUUUUAAAAAAGAGGCAGCAACAUUUUAGUCUAAUGAAGAUGUGCUAUAGGUCAAACCAUUAAUUACUGCUCCUUGUUAAAAACUUUAUCGAAAACUAUGUGCUCCAGAUGUCAUCCCCUCAGCUACAGCUCUCAUGAGACUGUCAAAGCCAAAUUUUCAGACGUCUGCUUUUCAGAAGACCCUUUGUAUGACAAAAUAAUUGUCUGCCUGCAGUUACUGAAAAAGGGCGCAAGACUUUGGCUCUUUGUGUGCCAGGAUAAUAUGUCUGGUAAAAAAAACAAGAUACAAGGACCGCCCUUACCAGGAAAUUGCUGUAAUUUGUCAUAUUGGUUUCUCGGUUUCACCAAGUCAGUGAGUUGCAUUUAUUUGGUAGUAGCUUUAUUUACUCUGUGGAGAUGUCUGACGUCUUUUGUUUGUCUCCAUUUGAAUGACCAAAUGUUUUUUAAUUGACCAUUACUGUCAAUUUGCUUUUUAUCUUGUGUCAUUGUUGUCCUCGUACUUUAUUUGUUCACCUGUUGUAACUGCAGCAGAUUUGGACGUGAGAGGCUGUGUUUUGUUGCAAACAUAGAUGUAUUUGAGUAGGUUGUGAAGUUGUAUACAUAUAUACAUAUAUAUAUAUAUAUAAUUGCUUGUGCUUCAAGUUUAAUCUCAUCUGCAAAUGGCCCAUCAGACCAUCUAAAAAGGCUUUAUUUCACACUAAAGUGCUUCUGAGCCUCUUGGAUCAGGAUUGUGUCACAGAGCUAGAAUUAUGAUUCAGGAUGGGCGAUUGUGUAAGAGAUGAAAGAAUGCAUUAAAUAUAAAAACA